GGGAAAUAGAUUGUAUCAUUAUUUCCUCCGAGUUGAACACAGAGAGCGUUGCGAAACAGUUGUUGAAAUGCUUUGGCUCGAAACAACAUGUCUUAACAUCCUGACAAAACACCAAAGGAUAUUAACAAAGCUGAGACUGUUAGGAAGGGAUUAGCGGGCAGUGAGUACUGGAAGAAGAAAAAGAAGGCUUUGAAGUGUCUCCGUUCAGAGCUGGACAGAUAUGGACGCACAGGUGGAAUUCAGGCCUCAAAGCGCCGCGCUGAUUUCAACAACAAUUGUGGUGAAUAUUAUUUGGUGGAUGGUUAUGAUUGCAGCCAUAUAUCUGGGGGCUACACAUCUAGGCAGUUGUCCACUACAGCCCAACAUCCCCAUCUACCUGAUAGUGCUGGGAGCGGGCAGCAUCGUCUCUCUGUGUAUGACCUACACCAGGAGCAUAAUGAAGGAUGGAUGUAUCUACAUCUUGACCUCGGUCUGCACAGCCUUCCUGCACAUCCUCAGUUUCUGCUGGUUCAUCGCAGGUACCGUCUGGGUUUAUCCUAUAUAUCCUCCCAACUACACACCUGGAGCCGCUCCGUACUGCCAGAAGACAACCUACCUGUUCGCCUUCGUUGUCACCACCCUUGUGUGGGCCACUAUGGCUCUCAUGUUUGUCUGCGGUUUUUGCUUCAGUCUAGUGACCUGCUGUACGACUGUAACUGCAAGACACAGACUGAUACCCAGCCGCAGUAGUUUCUAUGGUGCGGUGAGUGACGAACCCACUGCCGGUGAUGUGUGAUUUAAAGGUCCAGUGUGUAACAUUUAGGAGGAUCUAUUGGCAGGAAUAGAAUAAUAUAUUAAUAGAUAUGUUUUCAUUAGUGUGAAAUCACCUGAAUGUUACUUUAGAAUAAGUUGUUUUUAUCUACAGACACCACGGGUCGCUUUCCGUGGAGACAGCCAUGUUGAACCGACAUGUUUCUACAGUAGCUCAGAACAGACAAACCAAACACUGACUCUAGAUAAGACCUCAUGUUCACAGCCUGUUCUCAUUCCCAGGUUGUCAAAUACAACGCAAGUGGUGUUCAGUUAGUUGAAAUCUGCAACUUCACCACUAGAUGCCUCUAAAUCCUACACACUGGUCUUUCAAAUAACACACAAAUCUAAAGCUACAAAUCAGAAAAUAUGCACAUUUUACUAGUCUCAUUCUUCGCUUCCACCUUUGUUCAUGUCUCCAAAUGUCUCCAAACCAUGACAAUGGUUUUAGGAGUGAAAGUUUUGACUGAAAUUUUGACUGAUCCUGCUGCUGAGGGUUAUUUUUAUUAUAUGUGCUAGUUUUGAUACAGUAUUUCUAAAUGUUGUUGGCAGCUACAAGUAAAAGUACUGAAACAGCAGCUCUUAAAACAAAAUUUUCUUCCUGCAAUCUUCCUGUAAACGCUUGAACAAAUGUGCCUUACUUCACUUGAGACAUAAGUAACAUUUUUGCAACAUUUUGAUGAAGUUUUCUGUCCAGUUUAAUUCAAUAUUACUUGGAGGGCCACCGUUGUCAAAACCUAUAAGACCUGCUAAAAAAACAUCACAUCACUUUCACAUAACUGCACUGUCACAUCACAUGCUUCCUGUUGACACCCA